AUGAGCCUUGUAAGCUUGGAAGAGGGUGGUGAGCAUGACGAAUCCAAGCAACCAAUGUGGAUCCACACAUGCGAUGAAGUAGAAUUCGAAUUUGGCCGCGUGCGAAGAUGUCUAGAAGAGCUUGCCAAUGCCCAACAAAAGCACAUUUCGAGGCCUAAUUUUGGCGAUGAAGCUUUUGAGGCGGAAGAACGUCAAAUGGAAAGUACCACUGAGCAAAUCACAUCGAUGAUGUCACACUGCCAGCGACUCAUUAAUAUGAUUUCAAAUCAGCGGUCGCGGAACGAGAACAACUCUGAAAGGAAAUUGCGGGAAAAUACAGUUUCUGCACUUAUAUUCACGUUAAGUCAAAUAACGAACGAUUUUCGAACGAGACAGUCCAAGUAUCUUAAAGACAUUAAGAACCGAACGAGCAAUGUGGACAAUUUUUUACUUACUACUGGACAGUCUGAUGAUCUCCAAUGGGAGGAGCUAGUGGACGUUACACCUUCGCAUGAAUAUACUAUGGACCAAAUACAAGCGAUGAUGGUGAACGAACAAACAGUGAAGGAACGAGAAAAAGAGGUUCUCGUAGUGAAUUCAUCCAUUAGAGAAUUGAAUUCAUUGUUCAAAGACUUGUCGUCAAUGGUUGUGGAUCAAGGGACAAUACUCGACAGGUACUUUCAAAUUCAAAAAUUACUUUCUUUUCUUUGUCUUUUUGCAUCUCUGACGUUAUAGCU